AUGCACUGUGUUCUGUUUAUUCACGAUGAUAUUAUCUCAAGGCCGACAGCUCAUGUUGGUAUGGAACUGUUGCCCAUGAUGGUCCCGAAAGCAAAACCUCCGCCCACCUUGGUCGGUGAUGUACACGGUCGCAUCGCAAUAAUCGUGGAUGAUAUCAUCGAUGAUGUGCAACAAUUCGUAAAGUCUGCUGACCUGCUGCACGAGCGAGGAGCAUAUAAAGUGUUCGUUUUCGCCACACAUGGCCUACUCAGCGCUGAUGCUCCACAACGGCUCGAGGAGAGUUGGAUCGAUGAGGUGGUGGUAACCAAUACUGUACCGCAUGGGAUUCAGAAGAUGCAAUGCCAUAAAAUUCGCACAGUGGAUAUCAGUAUGCUCCUGGCCGAAGCGAUACGCCGUAUCUACAACGACGAGUCUAUGUCCUAUUUGUUUACCAAUGUACCUAAAGAUGACUAG